AUGGAUUUAAUCAUUUGCAUUAAUGGACUUGAAAUGAAGUUGUUGAAUCAGUUCAAUUACAAGGUAUGGAAGACAUGUAUGGAAUCAUACCUUAUGGGCGAGGAUUUAUGGGAUGUUGUUAACUGGAGUAACACAAGUCCUCUAAAAGAUGGAUCGGAGAAUAGUAGUGCAUACAAGAAAUGGAAGCAGAUUAAUGCUAAGGAGAAGUUCAUUCUAAAGUUUCCCAUCUCCUCUAAUUUAUUUGACCGUAUUAUAAAGUGUAAAUCAGCUCAUGAUAUUUGGAGGACCAUCGAUCAUUUAUUCAAUAAGAAGAAUAAAGCUCGGGUACAGAUAUUGGAGAAUGAAUUGGCCAACAUAAGCCAAGGUAAUCUUUCUAUUGUUGAAUAUUUCUUAAGAAUUAAGAAUUUAUGUUCUGAGAUCUCUUUAUUAAAUUCGGAUGAAGCUAUCUCUGAAGAACGAAUGAGAAAAAUUAUGAUUCGUGGUUUGAAGCCAAAAUAUAUUUCCUUUGUAACAUCGAUUCAAGGAUGGAUUCAACAACUAUCCUUGGAGGAGUUUGAAAAUUUAUUAUCAUUACAAGAGUUAUUAGCCAAACAAUUGACUGGUGAAUUUUUCAAAGAAAGGAAAGAAAAUACUUUUGCAAUCGACAAGACAAACAUUAAAAGAAACCCAAGAGAUAUACCUAACUCUCAAUUCUCAAGUUGUUCAAGCUCACUUGGAAAGAAGGAAGAGUCUUUUAACAAUUAUAGUAAAAAGUCUCCCAGAUGUUAUCGAUUUGGAAAAGUAGGACACAUAAGAAGAUAUUGUGGAGCCAUAGAGAGAAACAUGGCUCAAACUAAAAAAGUUGUUGAAGAAGAAGAGAUUGGAGAAGAUUUUAAGCAGGUGAGAGUCGAGAAAUAUAUGCCUUGA